AUGGCCAACUCGAAACACUUUACCCCUGCUGUGAUCGCCGGUCUCGUCCUCGUUAGCCUCACCUUACUUACCAUGCUGGUCGCGACCGGCGUCUUCCUCUGGCGCACGCGCCUCACACAAACAAUCCCAGCACCCGUCGCAAAGUUCGGAAGGGAGCUUGAUAUUGAGGAGAGAACCACUGGAGGCACGGACGAGAAGGAGGGGGUCGACACCCCGAAUGUGGCGGGCAAGAAUAUCAGAAACGGCGGGGCGAUCCUGGACGUGAUCUUACCCUCGGAGAUGCCGCGACUAUUCAGGGUGGCGGCUCGGGGCGGAGGGAGUGUUGGAGUGGAGGUAUGCGUGACGCCGCCCACACCGGUUGGAGUGCUGAAUGCGUCCGGGUCCCCCGAGCGGCGCGUACGAUUCGAGACAGUACCGGUGUCACAGAGCGAAGCGACCGCUGUCUGGUUCUUCUUGUAG